GGCCCGGCGCCCCCGGCCCGGCGGGGUUUCCUCCCGGCCGCCAUGGCCGCACCCGCCGCGGGAACCGAGCUGCCCGUGCCCGAGUCAGGUGCUGUUUUCACAUUCGGGAAAAGCAAAUUUGCAGAAGAUAUCCCUAGCAAGUUCUGGUUCAAAAAUGACAAGCCUGUACUUAUAUCAUGUGGAGAUGAACAUACAGCUGUUAUUACAGGGAAAGGUAAGCUGUACAUGUUCGGCAGUAACGACUGGGGCCAGUUAGGACUAGGAUCAAAGAACACUGUCAGCAAACCAACCUGUGUUAAAGCUUUGAAACCAGAAAAACCAAAACUUGCUGUUUGUGGAAGAAACCACACUUUAGUUUACACAGAAAAAGGAAAUGUCUAUGCUGCUGGAGGUAACAGUGAAGGCCAGUUGGGAUUAGGUGACACAGAGGAAAGGACCACAUUUCAUUUAAUAAGGUUUUUCACCAAGCAGCACAAGAUCAAGCAACUAUCAGCUGGAUCAUACACCUCAGCAGCAGUAACUGAGGACGGGCAGCUCUUUGUGUGGGGUGAUAAUUCAGAAGGGCAGAUUGGCCUGGCCGGUGAAGCCUCUGUCAGCGUCCCCUGCAAAGUGGAUAUUGGAAAACCUGUUUCCUUUGUAUCCUGUGGAUAUUAUCAUUCUGCUUUGAUUACAGGAGAUGGUGAGCUCUAUACUUUUGGAGAAGCUGUGAAUGGGAAACUGGGAUUAUUCCCUGAACAGCUGAAGAACAAUAGAGUCCCACAGCCUGUACUGGGAAUUAUGGAAAAGGUUAAUAAGGUUGCUUGUGGUGGAGAACACACUGUUGUGCUGACAGAGACAGAUGUUUAUACUUUUGGACUUGGACAGUAUGGGCAGCUGGGACAUGGAACUUUUGUGUUUGAAAGUUCAGUACCAAAGCCUGUGAAACGCUUGAAGAGGCACAAAGUUUGUAACAUUGCAUGUGGGGAAAAUCACACUGCUGUGAUAGCAGAGAAUGGCCUGAUGUUUACUUUUGGAGAUGGACGACAUGGCAAGUUAGGCUUUGGAGAAGAGAGUUUUACAAAUCUGUUUGAUCCCACUCUGUGUUACAACUUCUUGAAGUUCACAGUCCUUUUGGUUGCUUGUGGGGGUUGUCACAUGCUGGUUUUUGCUGCUCCAAGACCUAAAGGAUCUGAAAUACCUUUGGAAGAUUUAUAUGAACCUCGUUUGGCUGCUGCUACCUCUCAAAGCAGAGGGCACUUGGUACUGGCAAACACUUUGCAGUUAUCAGCAGCACGGAUGCGACGUCGAGAGAGGGAAAGGUCACCAGAGCAGUUUGCUCGAAUGGCACAAACUCUGCCUGCAAUGGGAGGAGGCUUCUUAAAAUCUUCCUUGCCUGUGGCAAGCAACACCAGCCCAUUCUGGUUUUCUGCAAGAAGUCAUCCUAAAGCUGAAUCUGGGAGGGAUGGAGACCAUGAGAAAGAAAAUAAUCAUCAAAAAGAUAAACCUAGUGAAGUCUCUUCAGAACAAGAUUCAGAUAAUGAAAAUAUUGACAGAAACCUUGGGGAUACAACUGACAUCCUAAAUAUGACACAUGCAAUGAAGUUGAAUCCUGGUGACUGGUCCUUAAAAUUAUCACCACUCCAAAAACAGAAGCAUAACAGUGAGUGCAUCAGAAGAUUUCCAAAGGAGGAAGGUAAGAACAAUAAAAAUGUGAAACUGAAAAGAGAUGGUAAGGGUGGGCUUAAAAACAAGGAUUCUGAUUUCACAAAGGAGGGCUCAAAAUUAGAGUCUGGCUCUUUACAAAAGCAGUCUUCACUUUCAGAGUCAACUGGACAAGAUUUAGAAAAGAGUAGUGCCUUUUUAGGGAAGCCUGUGGCCAGAAAAAGUAUAAAGAAAGGUAAAUCUGAGGAUGCACAAAGUGAUAGUACUUUGAAAAGUGGUGCUCAAGAAAUUACUGAGUACAAAAGCAUGUUAGUGAAAAGGGAAAAAGAGUGUGUGGAAAAUCCUGAAUUUUUCAAAGUGGAUGCAACAUAUAAUCUUCCCACUGAAAAUCAAAUUCUGACUGAAAAAAUAAAUUCUUCCAAUAAAAAGCCAAAAGCUGUUAAAUCUAAACAAUCCCUUAAAAUAGAGGUACUUCCUUCUGCUCCUAGGGAUCAGCCUCAGACUGAUUCAUUAAUUGUACAAGAAUAUAGUCCUGUUCAAAAGCAAGGGAGUCAAAAAACAGCAGAUAGUCAAAACAAACUAAAGGAUGGUGUUGAAAAAUCUGACAAGUGUGAAGGAAUAAAUGUCACAGUAGAAGAAAGUAGUGCAGAACAGAAGGAGCUUAAAAAAAAGCAGCAGUUUUUGAAACAAGAAUCUGUAACUUCAUCAUCAUCAUCAUCAUCUGAGGAAAGUACUAAUGAUCUCCAAAAAUAUAUACUUAAGGAAGAGGCCUUCUAUGAACACAGAGUUGUGCAGAGGGCAAGGAGGACAGUGACACAUCUGGACUUAGAAAGAGACAGUGAGAUUGAGGAGAUGCAAGCUACAAACAAUGAGAAAGAACGUGUAGAACAGACAGAUUUUAAAAGCCUGAAUGAGGAAGAAGCAAGCUCUGAUGCUAAACCUGAUGAAGAUAGGCUGUUAGAAAUUAAGAAUGAGGAGGAAUCUGAUCAGGAGCAGGAGAAUGAAAGCAAUGAAGAGGGUGAAAGUGAAAAAGAAAAACUGGAUGAAGCAAUUGACAGUGAAGGUAAACUAGAAGAGGAAGAAGAGAGUGAGUUUAUAAAAGACAGAGAUGAAGUUUCAGUAGAAAAAGAUGAAGAGGGAAAAGAUAGUGAGGAAGAAAAUGAACAAGAAGAAUCACGGGCUGAAAGAGACAGUGGGAAUGAGGGUGCAGAGGAGGCUGAAGAGGUCAGUCAGCGAGAUGGCAAAGAGCAAAGAGAUGAGCAAGGCAGGUUGAUGGAGGAAGAAGAAAUGGUGAGUGAGGGAGAAAAGGAGGAUAUGGAGGAGAAGUAUGAGAAAGAGGAAGGCACUGAAAAAGAAAAAGAGCAGGUUAAAAGUGAGGGAAAAGAUGAAAGUGAGGAAGGAGGGGAAGAUACCGAGGAAGAGGAAGAAAAAGAGGUAGAGGCAGAAGAGGAAGGAGAAGAUGUAAAGGAAGAUGAAGACGAAAAAGAAAGGGAAAAUGAAAAAGACAAAGAGGGUGAAGAGGAGGAGUUGGGAGAAUCAUUGGCAGGGAGGGAAGAAGAGGUAUCUGAAGAAGAGCAGAUUGAGGAAGAUGCAAAUACAAAAACUAAGGAAGUGGGUGAGGAUGGAGUGGAAGAAGGAAAAGAUGGAGAGGAUGAAGUGGAAGAGGAAAGAGGAGAUGAGAAAGAGGAAGGAACGGGGGUAGAAGCAGAAGGGGACAAGGGGGAAGAAGAUGAAAAGGAAGAAGAGGAGGGGGAAAGUGAAGAGAAAAGGGAAGAUGAAGAGGGAGAAGGAGUGGAAGAAGGUGAGGGAGUAGGAGAGGAAGAGAGUGUUGGAGAAGAUGAGGGAAAAGAGGGAGUGGAAGAAGAGAAAGAUGAGGAGGAAGAAGAAGGAGUGGAAGAAGGGGGAGAUGAGGAAACAGGAGAAGAAGAAGAAGAGGUGGAGGAGGGGGAAGAGGCAGGACAGGAAGAAGGAGAAGAAGAAGAUGAAGGAGAAGGGGAAGAGGAGGAAGAGGAAAAAGAGGAAGAGGGUGAGGAGGAAGAGGAAAAAGAGGAAGAGGGUGAAGAGGAAGAAGAGGAAGAAGGGGAAGAGGGUGAGGAGGAAGAAGAGGAAGGAGGGGAAGAGGGUGAGGAGGAAGAAGAAGAGGGGCAAGAAGAAAAAGGGGAAGAGGGUGAGGAGGAAGAAAGGGAAGAGGGAGAGGAGGGAGAAGGUGAAGAGGAAGAGGGGGAAGAAGGAGAUGAGGAGGAAGGGGAUUUAGGAGAGGAGGAAGAAGAGGAUGAGGGAGAAGAUGAGGAUGAGGAGGAAGAAGAAGAGGAAAAAGCAAAAGAUAAAAGGAAAAAUUAUAGUAGUAAACUUCCAGAAAAGAAAAGCAAACCCAGGAAGCCAGAAAAGACAGAAAGUGCUGCUUUACCAAACAGCUCUAAACAAAACAUGAAAUCGAAACGUCAUGUAGCAAAUGGUUUACAUAAUCCAGAACAAUUUUGGAAUAAUGUGCUACCUCAUUAUUUAACACUAAAGUAGCAUAGACUACUGCAGAUUUAUUUUAAACCAAUUCAGGAAACAGACUGAUUUUUAUUACUUGAAAGAAACUUUUCAUGAAAUCAAAGCAAACUAUUAUGCGUGUAAUUUAAGUGCCAAUUUCU